AUGAAGAAAACAAAUUUCAGUGAAAAAAUGAACUCCUUCUUGGAGAGUAAAAAAAAGAGAGAGGAAAAUUUAUCCGCUCAGGAGGAAAAAAAAUUCGAUAAAAGGAAUUUUACAGAACGGCGGAAUGACGAGUUGGCAAAAAAUUAUGUGCACAUAAUUGAAGGGGGGAAAGUGACAAACCAGACGGACAACAUCGCACAAGUCAUGAGAUGUGUGGAAGCGCAUGCGGAGAGGAGGAGUAGAGAAACCUCAGACGAGGAAAACAAAUACAAUGAACAGUACAAUCAGGAGAAUGGAAGGGAGACACAACGGAAGGAAAGCAAGACGGGAUAUAAUCACACAAGAGAUACAGUAAACAUCGAAGGGAACCAUCAAACUGAGAUAACAUUCAACAAAGAAAGAGCAGGACUGAAUGAGGGACACACAAAUGAACACUCCCUACAUAACGCUAUAAAUAACCCAAUGGAAAAAAUGAAGAAACUACGUAUAAAAAGAAUGCACAGAUAUUUGAGCAAGGCAGAAGGUGAUUCAUAUAGAUUGAUAAAGGACUAUCACAGAGAGGUCGACAACUGCAUAGAGGAAAUAAAAAGCGAAACGUUUUUAAAGGCGAAUUUGCUAAAGAGCGAAAUGGAGAGCAUACUGACCCAGGUGGAAAGACUCACAAAAGAAGCAUUUCAAUUAAAAUGGGAUGGGGAUCCAUCACCAAGGGAAGAGAACUCACAAGGAAAAAUAAAAAAUAACAACUUCUAUGUUACAUACUACACAAUUCUGAUGGAGACAAAAGUAUGUGAGAAAUUCAUCCCAACAAGUGACAACGCAGUGGAUGGCCCCCAAAUGAGCAGCACACCCAUCAUGAAGGACUGCUCAGAAAAUACAAAAAAAUGCAUACUAAAUGAGAUCAAAAAAAAGGUAGACAAAAAAAGAGAAGACAUCACAGAGAAAUGGCAAUGUGUACAAAAUCUAUUUACCAACAUGAAUGAAAAAAUUAAAAAAUUUAUUUCCCAUUUUGAGAGGAAACACGAAAGGGUAAUCAAAGGAAUGAAUGACAGCACUCACCAUCUGCAAGCGAAAAUGAAGGAAAAAAUAUUCUUCAGCACAGAGGAAGCUUCCCAAUUUAUUACUACCGAAAUGGAAAGGGGAAAACAAUUUUUUCUCGACUUUCUCACUUACUUUAAUGAUUACAUAACGAAGACGUAUAAUUAUUUGUACGAAAAAUAUCACCGAUGUGAAUAUAUUUUCCUCCGAGACAUCCUUCAUCAACAGAGCUAUCGAGACGUCUGCUACGUCUACUCCAUCAUCUCGCAAAAUUACCUCAAUAGUUUAUCCACGGAUAAGGUUUUUAACCGCCUCAUUGCUAUGUUCGAAGAUAAUUACAAUACUGUGUACGCCAGAAGGGUUGGCUUCGCGCCUGACCAGUUCUUCUCUGGCUUCUUAGCCUCUCAGCAGGGGGGAGCAGAAGAUGGAGCAGGCGGGGCAACGCAGGACGAAGCGGCGAAACACCACCCACGGCAUUACUCCGACAUCUACCAGAAUGCGAAUCAACACUAUGAGCAGUACCUCAGGAGGUACGAGGAGAUAAAGACAGAAAUGGUCCGCUACAGGGAGGUCAUCCUGCACACGUUCUUCCACUUGGAAAAUUUCGCGGCUGCCGUCGGGGGGGGCACAGCAGAGGAGGCGGCCACGACAACAGCGACAGCCACUGCUGGGGGAAGGCCGCCUUGGAGGGAGACUCCCAAAAUGUUUUCCCCAAAAUGGCUCAAAAAGGAGCAGUGUGCUGGGAAGGCGAAUCAGACAGACACCACCCCAGGGAGGACCAACGUAACGCCAAAACGGAAUAUACAGGGAGAAGUAAAAAGGGAAGACCACCCAAAGGAGGAACCAAGUAUGGAGAAACACAACAAAGAAGGAAACCACCCUGAGGUUAACCGCAUGGAAGAUAACCCAAAUGGAGUAACCCAGCAAAAUGAAAAACACAGUCACGAAAUGAUCUUCGCACAAGUUUGCAAAAAUAAAAAUAUUUUCAAAAAAAUUACAAAAAAUAUUCUGACUCAUUAUAACAUGAUAAAUUUGAGAGAUGAUUAUUUCAUACUCUCCUUUUUCUCCAUUUUGGAGACCUUAAAAAGUGACAUACUCUUAAUGACCUCCCAUGUUGAAAGGAAAAUAAAUGAAUCUCUCAACAAAUGCAUUCAGCAGAAUCGUUUAUUCCUCUCUAACUAUGACACACUGUUGAGAGAGUAUAACUCCGUUGUGAUGAAAUGUCUGCAUUGUAAGGAUCAUUUGGAGAUGAAAAGGUUGCUAUCCAUUAAGGACGAAGCGAUGAAGAAAUUAGAAAGCUAUGUAACACAUGGGGAAGAAGAAGCUCGAACCAUUAAUGAGACUCUCUUGGCGCAGUCGAAACGUCUGUGGGGGGAUUUCUUCUUCUCCGCUUUGAGCAAAGCCAAGGUGAUAAAUGCAGAGGGGGAGACGCUAUCUGUUCGGAGGGAUAACGAGAGAGGUGGCAUAAAGGCCAACCCAGGUGAGGGAAAGCACAGUAAUGUAAAGGGCCAACAAAAAAGAAACAGCGAUGACAAUGAAAGGAAUAUAAUUAGACAGCUAGUCGGAGACAAACAUAUAUACACGUACGACGCAGAAACCAUUUGGUACCACACCUACAUGAGUUAUAGGGGUAACAUGAUGGAGCUGCUACACCGUAGCAGUAAUAUUGCAGGUGGUCUCGAAAGGACCGUCAAAGGGAAGACACGGCCUGCUGGACAAACAGAAAAAAAGACUUCCUACGCAGAGAAGAAAAAGGAAAGCAACAUUAAGUCAAACAUUGCGCAGAUUAGAAGAGAGUACACUCAGCAGAAGGGGGAAGCGAACAGGGAAAACUAUUCCAACCAGGAGGUUAAUCCUGACGGGACUCACUCUGAGGAGACACCCCCUCCAAUGCCUCAAGUCCCCAAGCUAUUGCUACCCGACGAGCUGCUAUUCAACGAGGACCUCCUAAAACAGCUCUUCCAAAAUUUUACCUCCUCCUACUACGAGCGAUUUAAAGAGAUUCUAUUCGAACACCUGCUAAAGACAAAAAUGAGAUCCGAAAGCGAAUGCAUAAAAUGCUGCCAAGAAAUAGAGGCGGAUAAGUUAGAAGAACAGCUCCGCAGAGAUGAAGAAAAAAUCAAAGAGAUAGCCAUCAAAUUGGAGGAAAAAUAUAAAGCAAAUAAAAAAACGUUUGAUAACGCUUCCAAAAAAUUGUCCCAAUUGGUGAAGGAAUAUGAACAGGUGACGAAAGAAAACUGGGAGGAUUACCAACACUUUAAAAAGAUCAUCUGCCUCAUGGAGAAAAUGCUCGAGCGAAAAAGAGACGACCACGACCAGGGUAGCGACAACGAUCAGGACAACGACGACCACAACCAGGACAACUUCCCCAGGGGGUACACCCAACUGGCGGAAGCAUUCAAAGGUAGCUUCAAAUCACUUAGGGAACAGUUACUAUGUGGGGAGAAAGAACUAAGAGCAGAAAUUAAAAAGGUAGACACUUAUUACACCAUGCUCAUUAGGACUAGCCAAACCAACGUCGACUUGGGUACAAUUGAAACGUUUUUGCAUAAUUCAAAUUUUCUCCUUCUUUCCAUUUCGAAGAAAAGACAAGACAUCGAAAAUCUGUUCAGUGCCAAUGAGUAUAUAUUUAACAACAAAUUUCGGGCCAUUUCGUGCAGAAGCUCCAACAGGGGGGGCCAAUCUGGAACAGCACCACCUCCGACAGAUAGACAAAUGAUUGACUAUCUGAUCACAAAGGAGGAAAUAAAAAAUAACCUCCUCAUUUUUUAUCUUCUAGUUUAUCAGAUCAGGGUCGUUGUGAACGGGGCCAACUUCUCCAACUUCGCCAACGCGGCCCCCCCGAGGACCCACCACUUAAACCUCCAGGACAAGUUCACCCGAGUGCAAAACUGCAUCUAUCAAAUUGGCACAUUCCGAAAAAUAGAAAAAAGAUACGAGCUGGACUUAGCACGACAGGACUCCAUUGUGAAUCCGCACCUGCCCAACUUGGUGUUCUCCAAAGAUACCGGAUUGCAGGAGAGCCCGGAUGACUACCUCACCUUUGGCCUCUUCGAUAGGGGAGGGGGACCUAAAGGGGGGGAAGAACAAGAAGGGGCCAAAGGGAUCGACCAAAUGGGAAAGCAACGGGACGUGGAGGAGUCUUCAUGCGAGACGGUUCCACCCCAGAAGUGCGUCCCUAAACCUGACACUGGGGCAGAAAACGAGACCAGCGCGUUCGACACAAAGACGAACUUCAGCAGCACACAAAGAAUCACACCCAGUGGGGUGAAGGUAAAACGGAGCGGCAAGGGGACCUCCGAAGGGGGAACGAAGAAGCAUACUCGAGUCAGCAAGGAGACAGAUCCUCAGGAACGGAAUGGCGGCAAGAACAGUGAACCAACCAUCGCGAAAGGUCAGCACCCUGGAAAGGUGCAUCACCCUGGAAAGGUUCACCCCCCUGGGAAAGUGCACCCCCCUGAUGGGUCCUCCUAUGCAGAGAAUGAACUUAUCCGAAGGGACUAUCUAGAUGUGAAGUUUUUUCUCUACACAUGUAUGUACAUUAUCCACCUAAUUAGUAACGUAGUGCAAGUAACUCCGCGGAAGGGCCUCGCCAAGGCUCUCCCCAAGGAGAGACAACCAAAAUACAACCAUUCGCUAUUCAUCUCAUACGACCUUUCACAUGCCAUAUAUAAAAAUAACAUACUGACGGAAAAUUUAAACAACAAGAAAAUCCAGCUGACUGACCUAAUGGUGAACAAGAAAGCCACGUCUUCUUUUGUAUUUUGUCCCGACCAUGUGUCACGUAGAACGGAGCUGAUUCAUUUGUUUAAAUUUGAAAAGGAGACCGUGUCGGAACUGUUCGAGAGAACUUUUGCUCAACUUCGCGGUCUGCAUUCCGACACUGGAAACGACAUACAUGUUGGGAAGAUACACAGCGAGUACGCGGACGACAUUUCCACCCUGGCCACUUAUUUGAAAAUCCUGUCAAAGAAAGCCGCCUACUUCACCUUCCGCUGCAUCUAUAAGCGGCACGAGUCGCUGUGCACCGAACGAAUAAACACCCUGCAAAAAAAUCUGCUGAAAAAAUUUAAAGAAUUAAACGAGAGGCUCAAAGUUACAGACACAGGAGACAACACAGCUAGCCAAGUCACAAAGAGGAAAGAAGCCAUAAAGUCCCUAUUCGAUUCCUACGUUUCAACCAUAAGGGACAUAGACACUCCCCCAGAAAAGGCGAACGCAAAAGGGGAGGGAAACGUGACCUUUCUAAAAAUUCACCACGUGGACAUGUCCUCUGACUACGACCUGAGCGACAUCGUCAAAAAGAUCGACAAAUCGUACGGCCCCACGGACGACCACAGACAAACGGACAGCGGCGCGAAGCGGAAGGCGAGCGCGGAGAUUCUCUACCUGCCCUACAGCGAGGAAAAUCUCUACAUUGCUAAAAAAUUGGAGAACAAAAUGAACAAGUACGGGGAAAGGCUUUACGCACACAUGGCCAAAGCGCUAGACGGGAAGAAAAAGGAAAUAAUAAAAAUAAUUUCCAACGAUGUGAAGGAGCACCGUAGGUACUACGAGUGA